CUUCACCUCCCGCAACACUCGCAUCGCUUUGCCUCGCCUGGACAACCGCCACAAUGGCUCCCCGAGAGCCUUUCAAGGUUCACUUGCUCAGCAAGCAUAUAGAGGACACCAAUAAGGGACUGAGCGCUGAGGCGCAGUUUAACCGCAAGCCCGUCAUCAAGAGUGAGCCGGCCAUCAAGAAGGAGCCCGCGUCGCAGAGCUUCUUCGACAAUAACGGCGACAGCGACGACUCGAGCGACAGCGACAGCGACAGCGACGAUGGCUCCGACUAUAUAAAGAGGCUUCUGCCCACACAUAUCAAACCGCAGGCCAAGCACACCAAGAAAGUGGAAGAGAUAGCCGACAGCGACGACGAACGGAAGGCCGCCAAUAAGGCAAGUAUCAAGACUGAGCCCGAUCUGAGCGACUCGAGCGAGUCGGAUUCCGAUUCCGAUUCGGAGACAUCCACAAAUGGAGCCAAGACCAACGGCCUCAAUGGGGUGGCCAUUAAAGAGGAGACCGCGAGCACGACCUCCAGCUCCGGCUCCUCGGACAGCGACAGCGACAGCGACAGCGAACAAUCAGCUGUGAACAAGCCGGACAUAAAGAAAGAAGAUUCCGAGUCCAGCUCGAGCUCCGACGAGAGUGAUAGUGAGAGUGAAAGCGACAGCGAGUCUGAGUCGGAGGCCGAGAGUGGCCAUGCUGUCGAGGCAGCGAGACCGGCCGUCAACGGCAAUACUGCCAGCUCCAGCGGUUCAAGUGACAGCGGCACUAGCGGAGAGAGCGACAGCGACGAGGAUUCAGGCGAGGAGAGCGCCGGCGCCGACGAGUCUAUCCAUAUGGCUGACCGUACCGGCCGAGAGGUCACCCUGCCCAACUUCAUCGCCCCCGACUUCGUGCUCCGCAAGGGUGACGACGGCAGCGACGUGGCUCGCGUUUGCAACCAGGCCAACACGGACGGCAAGCAGGUCUGGUAUUUUACUGUGCCCGCCAACGUGCCCAUCUCAGUGAUCCAGGACAUGGAGAUCCCCAUGGAUCCGGGUUCGCGUGGCGAACGAGUCUUAUCCCACGGUGACGAGGACUACGGCGUGUCUUUUGAGAGUGUAGCCCCGAAGAGCUCUAUCCAGAUUAUGAUCCCUUCGGCAGACUCUUCUCAGUACCAACAGGCACCACGACGGGUCGACCAAUUCAUGCAGGUUCGCCGCAUCACACACCUAGGCGGCGCCUCCGUCAGCCCUGCCGUGCAGCGCCCGGCGAGACCCCAGCCAAAGGGCCUCAAAGCUCGCUUCCAGCCGCUUGGCGUGACGUCUGCGAUGGGCAGGAUCGGGGCGCCGGACGAAGAUACCGAUGCCGAGAUGGACGACGCGCCCGCCAUGGGUGCGACUCCCGACAAGGUCAAGAAGGCGAAGCAGCGCAAGCCAAAGGGCGAGGCGAAUACGCCGCGCAAGGGCAAGCGCAAACACGCAUCAUCCGAGGACGAGGCGGCGGCGGCGGCGGAGCAGCUCCAGGCGGAGAGCCAGACUGCCGAGACCAAGACCAAGAAGCAAAAGACGGGCCGCGCCCCCAGCCUUGACCUCGGCUCCGAUGCGAGGAAGCAGACGCCCGUCGCGCCACCUACUGUGCCCAGCCAGGUUUCCUCCUUUGCGAGUCUCGGGGAGCCGGCGGCGGUCUCCACGCCGCCCAAGGGGAAGAAGGGAAAGGCGGCCAAGACCGUGGCUACGGUGCCCUCAAGCUCGCAGUCUCUGCCCCCCUUGAAGUCGACCCCGGUGCCGCCCCCCCGUCAGACGGCCGUGCCGAUCCCUCCGAUCCCCAGCUCCGCUCCCAAGAUUUCGCCCGUCCCGGUCCCGCAUCCGAACGUCACACCACCCAGCAAGAACAAAGAGGCCAAGCGCGGCCGCAAGCGCAAGGAAAAAACCGAGGACACGCAGCAGAGCCCGCCGCCGAGCGGGCAGCCCAAGCCGUCGAAAAAGGACAAGAAGGUGACGCCCAUCCCGCCGCCACAACUCAAGUCGGAUGCCUAGGAGGCACACAAGCCGACCUUUGGGCGGCGGUCAUGGCUGCCGCACAUGAGUCUCUACCGCCCGAGAGACUAGCCACGGCACGCGUGAGCUAUACCAUAGACUAGAGCCGCGAUUUUACACAUCUGUUACGGCGUUGGGGUCUUUUACUGGAUACGCUAAAUUUGAGGGUGUUCCGGCUCCGUAAGGGAGAUGCGUUCGGGGAUUCGGCCAAACUGCUUCAGGAGCUGAAGCGUUGUGAAGUUUGAUGGGUUGAGAGAAACUUGGCUUUUGAGUUGGGGUGCCCGAGGACCUUGACAGCCGGAGGCGCAGUAUUCGGAUGCCAGAGGAGAAUUUCUGAGCCGGCUCGCAGUGGGAGACGGUCGGAUGUAACGAGCUCGCCAAUGGCCGAGCAAAAGGUCAUCCAGGCUUGCUCAGCAAGCUGGACCACACGAUAGAUUGACGUUGCAUCUGGAGGAUAAUCGGAUCAAGGCAUAUUCGAUGAGCAAGGGGGAAGGCGCAGGAGCGACGCGAGUGGAGGCACGCUCGGUGAGUCGGGAUAGCCCGUAGCAUCGGCACAACGAGAUAGAGCUCUCGUCGCUCGGUGAGCUUAAGAGCGUGCAUAGGCGCACGGAAUACCUAGUAGGCAGCAGAAUUGUACACACAAUCGACC